UUAGUAAUACAGGCCAAGCUAGUUGUUGAUGCUAAUGGUAGAAAGUACUGCCAAUAUGAUUCUGACAUUGCAACUGGCCUUGGCGUGGGUUCGUUCUUCAUCCCAGUCGCGAGUCAAGUGAUCAUAAUGAUUGUAACUAGAUGUCUCUGCUGCGGAAAAGCUAUGAGACCAAGUGGUUCCAGAUCUUGGGCAAUUUGCUUAUUCAUAACUAGCUGGGUAAUGUUUAUUAUUGCUGCGGAAUGCCUGCUGACCGGUUCUGUGAGGAAUGCUUACCACACCAAGUACAGAGAUCUCUUGAAACAGAGUGCACCAUCGUGCGAGACAAUGAGGAAGGGUGUCUUUGGAGUUGGAGCUGCAUUCAUCGUUCUCACAUGCAUAGCCUCUGAGAUUUAUUAUGUUAGUUUUUCCAAAGCUAACGAUGGUCCUCCCCCCUAUGCCAGGGACACUAGUAUGAGGAUGGAAAACUUAUAG